UAUUUGAUUUCAUAUAUUAUAGUUCGUCCUUUCUGUUUUAGCGGUUCAGUUUCAGCCAUUUGUUCAUAAUAUUAAUGUAUUUCUGUGCUUAUCGUGUAGCUCUUUGCGUUUGCAGAUUUUGAUCAGUAUCGAAGAACGAAAUUGCAGUGAAAAAGUUAUAAUUAUGUCGUGGAACGUAAUUCACGACGGCGAUGGAUCGGCUUCGCGAAUCGUAUUGAAGGAGCAUACUGGAUCAACUGCAGAGGUGCUUUUUCUGGGUGGUCAAGUUGUUUCUUGGAAGAAUGAACGAAGAGAAGAACUGCUGUUCAGGAGUAAUAAGAUCCUGUGGAAGCCUCCUAAAGCCUUCAGAGGUGGAAUACCUAUCAGCUUCCCACAGUUUGGAACUUUUGGUUCUUUAGAGCGACAUGGUUUUGCAAGAAACAGAGUGUGGUUAUUGGAUGAUUCUCCUUCUCCUCUACCUGCAGCAAACAGUCAGUCAACUGUCGAUCUCAUUUUGAAAUCCACAGAAGAGGAUCUGAAGAUCUGGCCGCAUAGGUUUGAGGUGCGGCUACGUAUUUCUCUCAGUGCUGGCAAGCUGACUUUGAUCCCUCGUGUCAGGAAUAUAGAUAACAAGCCAUUCUCAUUCACGUUCUCUCUGCGUAAUUAUUUAUCUGUUUCUGAUAUCAGUGAAGUGCGGGUUGAGGGCUUGGAGACACUUGACUACUUCGAUAAUUUGCAGCGGGGAGAAAGAUACACAGAGCAGGCAGAUGCAAUUACAUUUGAUAGUGAGACGGAUAGAGUAUAUCUUAGCACACCAACAAAAACUGCUAUAAUAGAUCACGAGAAGAAGAGAACUUAUGUCCUUCAGAAAGAAGGAAUGGCAGAUGCUGUUGUUUGGAAUCCUUGGGACAAAAAGGCCAAGUCUCUCCCAGAUUUAGGUGAUGAAGAUUACAAGAAAAUGCUGUGUGUGGAUUCUGCUGCUGUUGAAACUCCCAUUAUCUUAAAACCUUCUGAGGAGUGGAGGGGGCGGCAAGAGCUCUCUACGGUAUCUUCAAGUUAUUGCAGUGGACAAUUGGACCCUAGGAAAGUUCUUUAUGGCUAAUCUUAUCCAUGGUCUGAUUCUACAAAUUUAUUUUUGUAUACUAUAUGCACCUUUUGCUGUUCCACAAAUUUAUCAGUUUCGGAGGGGUUAAAUUUAAUAUUACUGGAUCUAUUAUAUGAGCACCUAAUUGCAGUUUCAAAUUGUUCACUGAA